GCCGGACCGUGGGGAGCCGGUCAGCGGAAAGACUUAGGGGAACCGAGUUCCUCCCGAAACAAGCAAGCCUUCCAGAGAAGGGUUACCGAGAUACGGAGGCCACUAGCGGCACUGGGCCAAGUGACUAUCAUCUAAUCCUUUUCACAAGAAGCAAGGACCCAGGACCCAUGAGAGGACCUCCUUCUUUCCUCCCCGAAUGCUAACCACCUCUCUGCGGAAAAACAACCACUUUAUUUUCCAUUCUGCUGCCUGAGACGACCACAUCCUCCUCACUCACACCCCAGCCUCCCAUGGAGAGCUCAGAUGCGGAGCUGGACCUCCAGCGGAGCGUGCAAGCUGUUCUCCGGGAACUCAGCCCCCAUGCCCCAGCCCUGCAGAGCAACCAAGGCAUGUGGAGAUGGUCCCUGCACAAGAAGGUCGAGAGAGAUCCUGGGAAGAGUCCGGUGCUGGUCCGUAUUCUGCUCAGAGAGCUGGAAAAGGCAGAAAGCGAAGACCUCCGGCAUGUCAUCAUUCCCUUGCUGCAUACUCUGCUGUACGUGCUCACUAAGGCCACCGGCAUCACAGAAGAGCUCUACCGGAGAACCUACAACUUUUGCACGAGGUUGCUAACCCUGCCCGCCCCCUACUGCACCGUAGCCUUGGAUUGUGCCAUAAGGCUGAAAACAGAGACUGCUGUCCCAGGGACGCUGUACCAAAGGCUGGUCAUUGCUGAGCAGAACCUGAUGAAUGAGCUGUACCCCUACCAGGAGAGGUGAGUGGCCCCAGGAAGGGUGCUACCUUCUGUCCCCUCUAGAUGUUG